ACAAACAUCUCUCCCUCUAACUACUUUGUCAACUUACUCAAAACAGCUGAAAAUGGACAAAACCCUAAUCUUAUUCUUGUUCUUAUCAUCACUCUCAUGCUCCAAAACUAUUCUCACAUUGGCUGCUUCCCAAAAACAUACAACAAAUCCUUUCACAUCCAAAGCCUCAGUUCUUAGGUAUUGGAAAAACCACAUUUCACAUAAUCUCUCCAUAUCUCCUUUUUUGAUCUCCAAAGCCUCCCCUUUGUCACACACUCAGUCUGCAUUCUUCGCCAAACUUAUCAACCAAAAAUCCCUCGACUCUCAUCUAUCCGCCUUCUGCUCCGCUGCUCGGCUAUUUUGUUUGCUCGAUUCGCGACCUGCACCUGAAAGCCACCCCGGCGACUCCAACUUUGCUUUCUACAAAAAUAAGCAGUUUUCCAGCUAUGGAAGCUCCGGUUUAGGCGGCCUCGAUCAGUUCAAGAACUAUUCCGAUGGAAUUAACUUCGCAACCAGUGCCUUUGCACGGUAUAGUAAAGGCUCAAAUAGCCAUCGCGAGGGGUUCGCCGGGUAUGCGGACGAUGGAAAUGUGGCGAGUUCUAACUUCAGUUCAUAUGGUUCCAGUGCCACCGGAGGCUCCGGUGACUUUAAGAACUACAUGCCACGUGUCAACGUCCCGGACCUUCGUUUUGCCUCCUACAACUCUGAUAGCAAUGGUCAUAAGCUAUCAUUUUCAAGCUACUCCGACGAUACCAAUUCAGGCAACCAAGCUUUCACCAGCUAUGGCAAGAAUGCCAAUGCCGUGCCACUUGAGUUCACUAGCUAUGGCAAGACAUCCAAUGUUGUAGGAUCAACUUUCACAGGUUACACCGAAAUGGGAAACUCUGGUAAUGACUCUUUCAAGGGCUACACAAGCAAUGCCAACAACCCCACCAAUAGUUUCAAGAACUACGGGUUUGGGGGAAACGAUGGCAUCGAUAGUUUUAAUAGUUAUCGCGACUCGGCCAAUGCCGGGACCGAUAUAUUUCAAUCCUAUGGUAAGAAGUCGAAUUCAGGAAAGGCUGGUUUUAUUAACUAUGGGAAGUCCUUCAAUGUCGGAUUCGAUACAUUCAAGGAGUACGCAAAAGAUGCGACAAAUCCAACGAUCGAUUUCAAGAUCUACGGUGCAAACACCACCUUCAAAGACUACGCGAAAAAGGGCGUUACAUUUUCUGGUUACACUAACCCCGGCGAGCUCCCAAGGGCCGGUGGUAAAGCAAUCCGUCACGGCAUUGAAGUUGGAAAAUUCUUUAGGGAGAAGAUGCUAAAAAAUGGGACUAUAACAAAAAUGCCUAACAUCCAAGAUUGGAUGCCGAAAAGGUCAUUCUUGCCGCGGACAAUCAUCAUGAAAUUACCAUUUUCAUCCCGCGACAUAAAAGAGAUCAAACGAGUGUUCCAUGCAACAGAUAACUCGACCAUGGAGCACGCGAUGAUGAACACCCUAAUCGAAUGCGAACGAGCCCCUAGCCCAGGAGAGACCAAACGGUGCAUCGCCUCAAUAGAGGAUAUGAUCGACUUUGCAACAACGGUUUUGGGUCGAGACAUCAUCGUUCGGACCACCGAAAGCACAAACGGAUCGAGCAGAGAGGUGAUGAUAGGGAAUGUAAGAGGCAUGAAUGGAGGUAGGGUCACAAAGUCAGUUUCUUGCCAUCAAAGUUUGUAUCCGUUCUUACUGUACUAUUGCCAUUCGGUCCCCAAGGUGAGAGUGUACGAAGCCGACAUACUCGAUGUUCGAGCAAGGGUCCGGAUCAAUCGUGGUGUCGCCAUUUGUCAUCUCGACACAUCGACGUGGAGCGCGAGCCACAGUGCCUUCAAGGCAUUGGGCAACGGCCCGGGACGCAUCGAGGUUUGCCAUUGGAUCUUCGAGAACGACAUGACUUGGAUCACUAGAGAAUGAUAUAUAUAGUCACAAGGUUCAAUUCAUCUUAGGUUGUUGUUUGGGUUGCUCGUUUUAGCAUUUUCAGUAUAUUGAUUGAAAUUAUAAGAGAUUUUAUCGGAAAAUUGAACGACGUGAAUUGGAAAUUAUAAUUAAUGUUUAUCGAU